AUGGACAGUGAUAGUGAUAUAAAAUUAAUACCUCCAAACAUAAAGGAAGCUGCAAAAGUAACAACUUUAAAUUUGUUGCCACCAACAUCAAAAAAAUUAUAUCAACGAUCUUAUGCCCUCUUCAUGAAUUGGAAAAAAGUCAAGAUUGGUGUAAGAGGCAAGUUGUUAUAUUCGCCAAAGAUAUUAUCGAACCCGCUUCAAUCUCAUCAAGCUGGGUUAGUUAUAGUUACAGAAAAACUUGAAAAUUUGCAAAGAUCCAGAGAAUAUCAGGUUGAUAUAAUGAAAUUAAAUAAGGCAUUACAAUGGUUCCUAGUUAAUAACGCACUUUACGAAGUUUUUUUCAAUAUCAUAGAUCUAGAUGUUGUAAUACAAAUUACCGAAUCACCUGCUAAUGUUGACGCCGACUCGGCAAAACAAAGACAAGCAGUGAAAUAUUUAGCACAGAAUCACGUCGUAAACAAUAAACCUAUUGCAAUAAUCGCCUGCAUUGUUUUUAGCCUUUUUGAUCCUAACGCAUGGCACAAAAGUGACGUCGAUUAUAUUGUAAUAUUGGGAGACAAGUACUAUCGUCAGUGUAUUGUAGCUCGAGUUAACCCAGAUAAUCGGGAAUUAAAUCACAAGUAUUUAGCUGUGACAGAGCUGUUACCAUGA